GAGCCAUUGCGAUUGUUUAUCUUUUCAAAUCAGUGACCGUGAUGUACCCGAGUUCCGCGGCCAGCAACUUAAUUUCGUGCGUCAUAUUGAUUCAACCCUGAUAACCGACUCGUGCAUGUACUUGCCUAAUCAGUGUUCAUACUUGGCAAUGAAGUUUGUGGAUUGACAUCGGUUUCGUGCUUCGGUAUACACAUGGAAUGUACCGAACCUCCGGUAGAAUGUACCAAAAAGGUCGCGGAGUACUUCCUGAUAUGUGGUCUUCCAGAAAAGCCGAUGUCCUACGACCUAUCGAAAGUUUUGACCCAUGCUGAAGAGAUUAUUAUACCCGAGAAUACAGUCGAUUUCACUAUUUUUCCCCAGCCCAUUGUUGAUAUUCAGUUGAUUUGCCUUAAAUCUCAGGGUAGUCUUCCCAGUGGCUAUGUACCAAUACGGCACAGUGUCAGUGGAAAAUACAAGGCGGAUAUCAGUCGCGUGGGAGAUGAGGUUUAUAUUUGCUUCAGACGAGGUAGAGACAAACCACCGAUCACAAACAUAGCAAUGUUCACCGAUAACGAGUGCCAUGAUCUCAGGCCUGAUGCUGAGAUUAUACCGAAGACGUCAGACGGCAAAAGUGCAAAUUUUCGCAAUCCUCUCACUCAUCCGACGUACUUAUCCUUCACACGUGCUUCAAUAACUAGUGGAAUCGACCAGUUGGCCGUCAUAGACAUGUGUAUCAUUUUUCCGGGUAAACAUGAGACCUGUCCACCCGCAUUCCAUCAGCUUCCGGAAGCACUGUAUACGAAUAUGCUUGGCAACCAAGCAUUUCUUUGUUUCCGAAAGUCUCUAAUCAAGGAGCACACUAUCGCUUACGAGCCCGAAGUGCUGUUCUGCUAUCGGGUCCCAUCAACAAUCGUCGAAUUGGAAUCCAAACUCAAUACCUCAAGUCCCUCAGACGAAUUACAAACUGGCGGAUCUCCGUCUCCGCAAGCACCACUGGAUCCAGAGGUGUGCCAAGUCGCCCAUUUCUGUUUGCCUUGGGGUGCCUCUAUCGAGUCAUGGUCUGUGGACCAGGAGCCUCCGCAACCGAAUCACUUCAGUUUCGUCCUCACCAAUGAGUCAUGCCAACGGCUGUACGGAGUUGCUUUUACUUUCCACGAACCGUAUGAUCCUAGCAAAUUGGAUUUACAAAUGUGCUAUCUUCUCGGUGUGGAACCGGAUUUCCUGUUCCCUCACUCCCAAGCCGUACAAUCGGAGAGCAAGUUGAACCCCGAAGAGGAGGCCAAGAUUACAUCACGUCAAAAACAUUUCAUUCGCUCUCGCAUCGGGGAUCGCGUCGUCGGUGUAACCAAGACUAUGUGCAUUCUAUCUCGCUGGUCAUUUCCCGUUGCGUUCACCAACUUUCUUGCUUUCCUCUACAGUCGGUGCCUGCCAGGCGUUGGCAAUGGUGCAAUCCCCCUGGAAAGGUACUUGGCUUACUUCCUCUGCGAAAUCCCUUUCCCCGAUCAGAAUACCCCCAAUGUUUUGGUGGAGCUCUGUGCUGCUCCCAUCCUUUUGUGCUUACCGGACGAAGCGAACGCGUCUAGUAGUUGCGAACCCUUCUUCUAUCUUCUGAAACAAUUGGGCGUCGAUUUGACCAUCAAUCUAUUCGUCCACAUGCUAACGGAGCAAAAGAUCUUGCUAACCUCCGUGCAACACUUCCUUCUCACUCAAGUCGGUGAAGCUCUGACCUCGAUGAUAUUCCCUCUUCAGUGGACGGUGGUGUACAUCCCGUUCAUCUACAUGGGCCAUGUGCAAGUGAUCGAAUCCCCUUCCCCCUAUCUGAUCGGUGUGGAUUCACGCUUCUUCGACUUCUUCCGUCUGCCAACCAGCGGCUCCAGCAAUGGGCCUAGUGUCACCUAUGUGGAUUUGGACACACACAACUUCAAACCUGCCAACCUUUCCGAUCAGCCUGCACUUGAUUCGAAGUCCCUACCAAAGAAACCCAUGAAGCGAUUGCGUUCAUCGUUGCAAGCGCUGUAUCGGCAGAUUCAAGCUCUCUGUCAAAAGCAGCCCAAAUGGAGCGCCAACUUCCUCCUCAAAUGCUUGGUCACGGAACCCGAUUCCUCUUUGGCUGACACCGAAUUGAAGUGGCUUCGCACACGGCACAGAUUCCCCAACUUUUUUGUCUAUUGUUAUCCUAACUGCGCUAGUCGUGACAACUGGAUCCGCAGCACACUUGUGUGCCGCGUCAAGACUGCGCAUCUCUACUUAAUGGGACCUUCUUCUCGACGACUUUCGGUUACCUUCGGUUGCACAUGUGUUGACCACCCAUCCUUUAGUUUACUUUUCACGUUGGCAGCAUCUGAAUCCAUACGAUUCAUCAUUCACUCCACUUCCUUUGGACUACGACCCCAUUGAUUCGUGUACCAAAGUGCGCAUCUGUUCACCGUUUACCUUGCUAACACCGAUUCUCUCACUAGACCAAUGAAUCGUCCUCCCCGCCCCUCAUUAAUCACACUGGGGUUUAUAACAACUACUUUUCUGCUCACCAAGCUGCAAUCUAAAUUCCACAGGUUUUCGCCCUGAUCUCCCCAGCGACUCGCUGUCCAUUUUAUGUCUGCCUGUCGUCCCCAACCGCCGGUUGGCUCGAUUAACCAAAUCCCCGAUUUGAGACCCCAGCCUACUGCAGAUCUUACCGAAAAAAUAUGUGUGAUCAGUGGGCUGUACACAAACCUGUCACU